CAUCUCAUCUGUCAAACAAUUGUUGCAGUGGAAUUCUACUAUUUGUUUUUAUCUCAAAAUAAUAAAAAUAAAAUAUAACUUUGGUUAAUCGAAUGUUAGAGAAUAAAAACACUAACUGAAUCCAAUAUGACUUACGUUGUAGAUUGGAAUAAUAUCUGUUUGGUGUGUUUGCAGAAUGGCGAAAACCAGUGUGUCUUCCAAAAGGAUGAACAAACCAGCUUAUCUAUUGCGGACAAAAUCAUGCAAUGCUCCAACUUCGAAAUCAUAAAGAGCGACGAACAGCCAAAUAGUAUUUGUUUACCAUGUCUUGAUGACUUGAACAUUGCCUUUAAGUUUCGACAAAACUGCGAGCAGUCAAAUUCAAUAAUCAAUGCAAUUCUAAGCCAGGACCAUCGUGAGCUUGAGAUAAGUGGGCUUCGCAUUAAGAUCCCAUUGGGACUCAAAGUAACAAAGAAAGUACCAAUAUCCGAUCAACCUGCUGCUACUGCUGCUUCUACUCCUGCUCCGGCUAAUAUUCCUGCUGUUGAUUCAGUUGAAAUCCCUAUUCAAGCGGAUCGAAUAAAAGAUGAGAACUUUGAUAUCAAAUACUCGGAUGAAUGCGAAGAUUUCGAUGCAAAUGACUAUAUGGAGGCAGCAGAAAUUUUAGAAGACAUCGAUGAGGAAGACGAUUAUCAGGCAGAGACUGAAAAUUUAGAAUUGAUUUCUGAACUAAAUGACCUGGAAGAGGAACUGGAUGACAAGACCAUUAUUCCCAAAAAGCGCGGGAGAGGUCGUCCUAAGAAAACAGACCCACAAUGCUCCAUAGGUAACAACGAUGAAGAAAAAGCGUCCAAAGGUGCCCAUCGACGUGGAUUCAGUAGAAAGCAUAAGACACCUCCUGUGGCUAAACCGCCUAAAAUUUGCGAAAUAUGUGGUAACAGUUAUAAGUUUCAACACGCACUCAACAGCCACAUGCGGAGGCACAGAAACGAGCGGCCCUUCAACUGUGAUUUCUGCGAUAAGGCUUUUGUUUCGGCUGUGGAACUGCGUCGUCACAUGCGAGUGCAUACAGGUCAAAAACCAUACGAGUGCUCCUUUUGCGAUCGUCGAUUCUCGGACUAUGGCAGUCGGAUAAAACAUGAACGCACCCACACUGGAGAACGGCCGUAUGCCUGUACGACUUGCGGCAAAAGCUUUGCAUACGCCCACGUCCUUACAGUCCAUAUGCGAACACAUACCGGCGAGAAGAAAUUCAUAUGCACCGAAUGCGGAAGAGGUUUCACCAAAAAACUUUACCUCGAAAAUCAUAUGACUCACCAUUUGACGGGGACAAUUAGAAAACGCAAUCCAACCUUGGAAGAGGUUAUACGAAAAUGUGAAGAAACAAAGGCGGUCGAUAAUAUUUCUUAUUCGAGAGUGCGAGAGUACGACGAAGACGAUGGCAAUCUAAUCGACUCGUUCGUUGGUGAUCCUUCAAAAUUGAACAUUCAACCAAAAGUAGAAAUACUGUGCGAAGAACCCAGUUCGCAUGAAGGCGAUUUGUACACUAUUCAUCAUGUACAAUAAGAUUUAAUGUAUAUAUUUUUUGAUUUUAGAUUUUAAGAUUUUUUUUGUA